AUGAAGAACGGAAAAGGUUCUCGUGGUCGCGCUGGUGGUUCGGACCGUGGGGGGAUUCGCAAGCGGGGUGCGGCCACCAAGGUCGAUCGAGAUGGAGAUCUUUCGAUGGAUGCAGGAUCUGCUCGGAACCGUGGCAAGAAGGCGCGCACGGAAACCGGCCGUGCUGGUGCGCCAGGAGGAGGAGGACGGCCCAGGGCCCUCGAUGCGAUUCAGAAAGCGAUCACCAGCAACUCGGACUCCCAGGCCAACAUUCGACAAGGCGGCCGCGGGGCUAGCUUGGAACAGGUCAUAGUCCGUGGAUGGAAACAGAGCAAGGCGGCGUCAAACCGCGACGGUGGUCUCGAGAGCCUUCUCACUUUCCUCGAAAAGAAACUCAACUCCCCCGACUCGAAAUCUGGACAACGCGCAAGGAUAACCAAGAACUGGCGAUCUUACCGACAUGAAUUCGCAACGUCGUUUCCUCUCCGGUCUAUUCUCGUUUUUUUUCAGGAAAUGGUACUCCAGGACGACGAUCGGCAUUUUUAUCUUCGGGCUUCUUUUGAAGGCGACGCCCUUGUAGCGUCUAUCCGACCGGAGCUGUUGGAAAGGAUGCUUCAGCUCGAUGGUUUUAGCUUUGCAGGCGCGCCGCUUACGAUCGAGAAGCGCGAUGAAAACGGGAUGACGGACCAGCCUCUGCUGUCUGAGAUCUCGCAAUCCGGUGGUAACCCUUCCACUGCCGACACCAAAUCCAAAAUGACCGCCAUCCUGGCCAAACGCUACUAUCAGGAACCGAAACUACUCGACCUCUCGAAGUUGGGUGGUGACCCGGAUCUCCUGGCGAUGGGAAUCUUCAACAGCACUUCGACCGAAUCGAAGUUUUUCCCGGCUCUGAUGAAAGUGUGGGAGAUGAAUUUCGACAACUCGUCGGCGCGGCGAGAGGCCGUCCAAAGUGUCAGUCUGGCUGACAAUCAACUUGCCAACAUCACCGUCGUUACCACUCUCGCCCAGUCGAUCCCGGACCUGAAGAAUCUCGAUCUUUCUAACAACAACUUCAAGGACGCGCAGUCUCUUAUCGGAUGGCGGUGGAAGUUUCGCAACCUGGAAUUCCUCGAUCUCACGGGGAAUCCUUUCAGCGCCGACCCGUCAUUCAAGGACACUAUGCUGAAGUGGUACCCGAAAUUGCGCGUGCUCAACAACUUGGAGGUCCGAACAGCGGAGGAAGUGGCCGCGCAGAAGAAGACUCCAAUUCCCGUCCAACCGCCUCAUUUCGUGGACGAGUCUCAGAUUGCAGAGAACUUUGUCAAGGCUUUCUUUGCGGGCUAUGACAACAACCGCAGUGAAAUCAUCAGCAGUGUUUACGACAACCGAUCUACCUUUUCUCUCAACGUCAACACCUCGGCCCCACGGGCCCAGCAAACCGAAACUGCCGGCUGGGAUGCCUAUAUCAAGAAGAGCCGAAAUCUCCUCAAGAUCAGCCAUCUCCCAGCUCGCAUGUCACGUGCUUAUACGGGAGCCGACAAGAUCCGCGAACUCUGGGACAGUCUGCCCCAAACCCGACACCCCGACAUCGCCACACACCCGGAACAAUGGCUUAUCGAAUGCUCGCCGAUCCCCGGCCUUCCGGAUUCUUCUGGACAGAGUCCGUUCGGCGUGGGAGGUUUCCUGAUCAUGGUCCACGGAAAGUUUGAUGAAAUGAACACCGGCAAGGUGGAGACUCGGAGCUUCGACAGAACCUUUAUUCUUGGACCCGGUGGAGGAAUGGGAGGAAUCAGGGUCAUCAGUGACGUUCUUUGUCUGCGAGCAUACGGUGGACACGAGGCAUGGGUGCCAGAAGGCCUACCGGUCCCUCAGCCUGCUCCGCCAGUUCAGCCCACGGCUCCCCCGGCUGUACCAGAAGGCUAUGGUGUGCCAGCUCCCACGAAGACGGAGGCUCAAGUGCAGCAGGAACAGCUGGUCAUGGGAAUGAGUGCCAAAACAAGGAUGACUUUGCAGUACUCGGAAAUGGCGCUAUCAGGAAAUGGCUGGAACAUGGAAGCUGCUCUGAAGAAUUUCGAGGAUCUCAAGACUCAGGGACAAUUGCCGCCCGAUGCUUUCCUUCCGGGAACUGCCUAGGCUUUUUUUUAUUUUCUUUGAUCCAAGCAUGAUACAAACAAUAGGUUGAAGUUUCUCGGAUGAUAUCUCGGGAAUUUAUCUAAAAAAGAGAAGGAAAACCGGAAAGAAAAAAAAGAAGAAGAAUUUACUUUGUAAUAAAUACCAUAUGUUUUCUUGCAUGGCUUAGGCGAAUGGCUAUUGGGAGGUUUAUCUUUGCUUGUUUUCUUUACUGUAUCUCAUCAGAGACCACGAUGAUUAUGUCCAUAUAGAGGGAG